AUGUUUUCAUGCUCAGCCAGCAGCAUCCGGGUUCUUUCUCAUUGCCAAGAAGCUUUCGAGAUCGCUCUGCCUCAAGGAAGCGGCAUUACAGUUGUCAUAAUGCCUGUGACCCCAACUCCACUGGUGAAACUCUGUUAUAUUGUCGCUUCUAAGCAACAUGUAACCAUGCUGUCCAUCAAACCUGGAGAAAAAACAAUCUUCACCUUUAGCUGCCAGAAACCAGAGAAUCACUUUGUCAUAGAGAUCCAGAAGAAUAUUGACUGCAUGUCAGGCCCAUGUCCUUUUGGGGAGGUUCAGCUUCAGCCCUCAACGUCAGUGUUGCCUGCGCUCAACAGAACUUUCAUCUGGGACGUGAAAGCUCACAAGAGCAUUGGUCUAGAGCUGCAGUUCUCUGUUCCUCGCCUGAGGCAGGUUGGGCCAGGCGAGAGCUGCCCGGACGGAGUCACUCACUCCAUCAGCGGCCGCAUCGAUGCCACCGUGGUCAGGAUUGGAACGUUCUGCAGCAAUGGCACCGUGUCCCGGAUCAAGAUGCAAGAGGGAAUGAAAAUGGCUUUACACCUACCAUGGUUCCACACCAGAAAUGUCUCUGGCUUCAGCAUUGCAAACCGCUCAUCUAUAAAACGACUGUGCAUCAUCGAAUCUGUGUUUGAGGGUGAAGGCUCAGCAACCCUGAUGUCCGCCAACUACCCGGAAGGCUUCCCUGAGGAUGAGCUCAUGACAUGGCAGUUUGUUGUUCCCGCACAUCUGCGGGCCAGCGUCUCCUUCCUCAGCUUCAACGUCUCCAACUGCGAGAAAAAGGAGGAGCGGGUCGAGUACUACAUCCCAGGCUCCACCACCAACCCUGAGGUGUUCAAGCUGGAGGACAAGCAGCCUGGAAACAUGGCUGGGAACUUCAACCUCUCCCUGCAGGGCUGUGACCAGGAUGCCCAAAGCCCAGGGAUCCUCCGGCUGCAGUUUCAAGUUUUGGUUCAACACCCACAAAAUGAAAGCUAUAAAAUCUACGUGGUUGACUUGAGUAAUGAGCGAACCAUGUCGCUCACCAUCGAGCCGCGGCCCGUCAAACAGAGCCGCAAGUUUGUCCCUGGCUGCUUCGUGUGCCUGGAGUCUCGGACCUGCAGUACCAACCUCACCUUGACACCUGGCUCCACAUACAAGGUCUCCUUCCUGUGUGAUGACCUCACACGCCUGUGGAUGAAUGCUGAGAAAACCAUAAGCUGCACGGACCACCGGUACUGCUAUAGGAAGUCUUACUCUCUCCAGGUGCCCGGUGACAUCCUCCAGCUGCCCGUGCAGUUACAUGACUUCUCCUGGAAGCUGCUGGUGCCCAAGGACAGGCUCAGUCUGGUUCUGGUGCCCGCCCAGAAGCUGCAGCAGCACACGCACGAGAGGCCCUGCAACACCAGCUUCAGCUACCUUGUGGCCAGCGCUGUCCCUGACCAGGACCUGUACUUUGGCUCCUUCUGCGUGGGAGGCUCCAUUGAGCAGAUCCAGGUGAAGCAGAACGUCUCAGUGACUCUUCGUACCUUUGCCCCCAGCUUCCGCCAGGAGGCCUCCAGGCAGGGCCUAACCGUGUCCUUCGUACAUUAUUUCAAAGAGGAAGGCGUUUUCACUGUGACUCCAGACACAAAAAACAAGGUCUACCUGAGGACCCCUAACUGGGACCGGGGCCUACCAUCCCUCGCCUCAGUGUCCUGGAACAUCAGCGUGCCCAGCAACCAGGUGGCCUGCCUGACUUUCCUCAAGGAGCGAACUGGCGUGGUCUGCCAGACGGGGCGUGCAUUCAUGAUCAUCCAGGAGCAGCAGACUCGGGCCGAGGAGGUCUUCAGUCUGGAGGACGAGGUACUCCCCAAGCCACGCUUCCACCAUCACAGCUUCUGGGUUAACAUCUCUAACUGCAGCCCCACGAGUGGCAAGCAGCUGGACCUGCUCUUCUGGGUAGCACUUACCCCGAGGACUAUAGACAUGACUGUUGUCCUUAUCGCAGCGAUAGGAGGUGGAGCCUUACUGCUGUUUGCCCUCGGACUCAUCAUCUGCUUUGUGAAAAAGAAGAAAAAGAAGGCAAACAAGGGCCCUGCUGUGGGUAUCUACAAUGGCAACAUCAAUACCGAAAUGCCGAAGCAACCAAAAAAGUUUCAGAAAGGACGAAAGGACAAUGACUCUCACGUCUACGCAGUCAUCGAUGACACCAUGGUGUAUGGGCAUUUGCUACAGGAUUCCAACGGGUCCUUCCUCCAGCAGGAAGUGGACACCUACCGGCCCUUCCAGGGUGCCAUGGGGGACUGCCCUCCCUCCCCACCCGUCAUAUGCUCCAGGGCCCCAACUGCAAAGUUGACCACUGAUGAGCCGUCCCCUUGCUUCCCUCCUGAGUCUGAGAGUGAACUAUAUACCUUCUCCCACCCCAACAACGGGGAUGUAAGCAAGGCAAACAAGGGCCCUGCUGUGGGCAUCUACAAUGGCAACAGCACAGACAUUCCUUGGCUGGACAUUCAGGAGCCAGUGGAGCCAGCAGAAUAA